AUGUUACAAACGAAAGAAAAAAUUAAAGAAAAACGCGGUGGAGAAAAGCAAUUUGAUAUAAAAUUAGGUGACAACGUUUACGUCAAAGGAGUAAACACUAGGCGAAGUAAAGACAAACCCAGAUAUCAAAAAGCAAAAAUUAUAGAAGAACCCAAUAGAAAUAUUGUUAUGAUAGAAACCCCAAUGAAUAAAAUAAAAAGGGUACCCGCUAAAGAUAUUAAACGUCCUUCACAGGUUCGUCCUGGUGAUGGCAACUCAGGCAGUCCUAAGCCUGGCCCUUCAACUACAAAGGAUUAA